AUGUCAAGAAAUAAUUCAGAUAUAUCUGCUUGCAAAGUGACUGAGCAGUUAAAUAUAGAGAGGAAUGAAAUCAAGCCUCCACAUGAACCUUUACGAAGCCCUCGAUCAUAUCCCAACUUUAAGUUGAAAAGCCCAGAGCAUGCAAGUAAAACAGUGGGAAUUGCCAAAAAAAAUUUUUUGUUUUGUGAACAGACUAAACGAUAUUUUGCUAGUUGUGAAAACAGUUCAGCGCCUUCUAACCCUAACUGUAUUAACAAAGAAGCAGUUGGAUCAAAAAUCGACAAGAAAACAUCAACAGGAAAUUCAGUAACAACAUUAAACAUUGGAAAUAAUUUACCAACCAAAGAACUGAACACUAAGCUUAGUACUCAUUUGUCUCCUGCAAAACCAAAAAUGCUACAGAAUUUGAGUGAGAAUCCUUUGUCUCUAAACUAUGAUUCUAAACUAUUUAACUCAUUAAUACCAUCACCUCGGUCAACGACUUGCCAUCGGUGUGGGCUAUAUGGAUCCCUGAGGUGUUCACAGUGCAAGCAAACAUACUAUUGCUGUGUAGCAUGCCAGAGAAGAGACUGGUCUGCACACAGCAUUGUGUGCAAACCUAUUAAACAAAAUUUCCCUAAACCUGAAGAUACUAAAUUAUCUUGUGAAACAAAGAAAGUGGAAGUAAAUAAAGAGGAUGAUUAUCAACUUGGAAUCACCACAGAAAUAAUAGGAUGUAAUAAGAAAAUAAUGUUUUCUGAUUUACAAAAUCUGCAGCUAAGAAAAACUAUGGAAAUAAAGGGUACAGUUACUGAAUUCAAGCACCCAGGUGAAUUUUAUAUACAGAUCUGUUCUUCAGAAGUUUUAGAAUAUAUCAGAAAACUGUCUACAAGCUUGAAAGAAUCAUAUAUGAAUACAAUGCCUCAAGAAGAAUACAUCCCUAUCAAAGGGGAAAUCUGUGUUGCCAAGUACUCUGUGGAUCAGACCUGGAACAGAGUAAUAGUACAAGAUGUUGAUGUACAGCAGAAGAAAGCACAAGUGUUAUAUAUUGAUUACGGAAAUGGAGAAGUUAUUCCAAUUAGCCGAAUUCAGCAACUAAACAAAAAUAUUGAACUCUUUCCCCCCUGUGCCAUAAAGUGCUUUGUUGCCAGUGUAAUCCCAGCAGAAGGAAAUUGGAAUAAUGACUGUACCAAUGCUAUUAAACCCUUAAUAGUAGAACAGUAUUGUUCUUUUAAAAUUCUUGAUAUAUUACAAGAUGACAUGAUUUCUUUUGCUGUUGACGUUUUGCUUCCAGGCUCUGGAAAACACUUAGACCAUGUCCUUUUGGAAAUGGGGUAUGGUUUGAGACCCAAGGGACAAAAUUCCAAGAUGCAAAGUUCAGAUAAAAGUGAUUUUGAAGAUCCUGGAGAAAAAACAAACAAAGAUAAAACACUGGUUGAGUGUAAGAGUAAUCUUAUUCCAAAGGUGUUAUCCCUAAAUAUUGGAGAUGAAUUUUGUGGUGUCGUUGCCCAUAUUCAAACUCCAGAAGACUUCUUUUGUCAACAGCUACAAAGUGGCCGCCAGCUUGCUGAACUUCAGUUGUCUCUCAGUGAGUACUGUAAUAAAAUGUCUACCCAAUCAGACUUUUAUCCAGCCAUUGGAGAUAUUUGUUGUGCACAAUUCUCAGAGGAUAAUCAAUGGUACCGUGCCUCAGUUCUGGCUUAUGCUUCUGAAGAGUCUGCUUUAGUUGGCUAUGUAGAUUAUGGAAAUUUCGAAAUUCUUAAAUUAAAUAGACUUUGUCCCAUGGCACCAAGAUUAUUGGAAUUGCCAAUGCAGGCCAUAAAGUGUAUCUUGGCAGGAGUAAAGCCAUCAUCAGGAGUCUGGUCUCCAGAGGCAAUUUGUCUCAUGAAAAAAUUAAUACGAAAUAAGAUGAUUACAGUGAAAGUUGUAGACAAGAAGGAAAAUAGUUCUGUCGUGGAGCUCAUAGAUAAGUCGGUAAAACCCAGUGUCAAUGUUUCUAAAAUCCUCAUCGAAGCCGGCUUUGCUGUAGGAGAAGGCAAGAUAUUGACAACAGAUGCAUCCAGUGACUUGAGAGAAAUUAGUGCUCCCCUAACUGCAGAAGAAAUAGAAGACAAAUUUGAAUGGACUUGGGUUGAACUAGCUAUUAAUGAGACUGUAAAUGUUAUGGUUUGUAUGUUAUAUAAUCCUGGAGAAUUCUAUUGUCAUAUACUUAAAGAUGAUGCUUUAAAUAGGUUAAAUGAAGUGAAUAGGUCUCUAGCAGAAUUCUGCCAACAAAAAAUGUCCAAUGAUUUUAAACCUGAAAUUGGAGAGCCUUGUUGUGCUUAUUUUACAGGUGAUGGUAACUGGUAUCGUGCUUUAGUAAAAGAGAUAUUACCAAGUGCAACUGUUAAAGUGCACUUUGUGGAUUAUGGAAACAUUGAAGAGGUUACUACAGAUAAACUUAGAAAGAUGUCAUCCAAGUUCUUAAAACUUCCAUUUCAAGGAAUCCGAUGCUGGCUAGUAGAUAUAAAGCCUAGAAACAAGCAUUGGAGUAAAGAAGCCACAGCAAGAUUUCAGAUGUGUGUUGCAGGGAUAAAACUUCAGGCUAAAGUAGUAGAUCUCACAGACAGUGGUGCUGGAGUUGAACUCACUGACCUUUCUACUGCUUAUCCAAAAAUUAUAAGUGAUAUACUUAUUGAUGAACAUUUGGUUUUAAAAGAUGAACCACCAUGUAAAGAUAUACCAAAUAACAAAUCUGUUAGUAAAAUUGACUUGCCAUUUGAACCUGAUGUGCUUCAAGCUACCUCUUCUCCUGAGGAGUGGAAGACAAUAGAAUUCCCAGUUGAUGAAAUUGUACCAGCUUGUAUACUAGAAAUAAUAAGCCCAAGCUUAUUUUAUGCAUUACCAAUUGAGAGUAGAGCAGACCAAGAAAAAUUAAAUUUGAUGACAGUUAAAUUAACAGAACAUUGCAACUCUCAGAAAAAUAGAGUACUCUUUAAACCAAGAAUUGGAGAUGUGUGCUGUGCCAGAUUCACAAGUGACAAUUAUUGGUACCGUGCUAUCAUCCUGAAAGUCUCAGAAUCUGAGGUAAAAGUACUUUAUGCUGACUAUGGAAACAUUGAAACUUUACCUUUUUCUCGGGUUCAGCCAAUCACUACCAGCUACUUGGAACUUCCUUUUCAAAUAAUUAGGUGCUCAUUUGAAGGAAUAAUGGAAUUGGAUGGGGGAUGGUCUUCAUUAGUAAUAGAGCAACUAAAAAAACUCAUGUUGAACCAGAAUGUCAUGGUUUCAGUAAAAGGAAUCACUAAGAAUGUCCAUACAGUGUCUGUUGAAAAACGUUCUGAAAAUGGUACUGUUAACAUAGCUGAUAAGCUAGUGAUGGAAGGUCUGGCAAAGAACAUCACAACUAAAAGUGUUUUGAAUAAAGGACAGACUAAUUGUUGCUGCAUAGAGUUAAGGAAACAAGUGGAAAAACAUGAGGAGAUACUACUCUUCCUUUUAAAUAACCCAACAAAUCAAGAUAAAUUUACCGAAAUGAAAAAGUUGCUAAAAAGUUAAGUAUGUUAAAUGACAUGUGAUUUAUUUUUUAUACCU